UCAGGAAAAGGCUGUCAGAAUGGACUAAAGUUGGAAUCUCCAUGGAGAAACAUGGACUGGACAGAAGAGCGAAGGACAAGCUUGAUGGAGACAAUCACCUCCUACAGACCGAGCUGUGAGGAGGUGCCUCAGGCCCGGAUUCUCCUCCUGGGCCCGGUCAGUUCUGGAAAGUCGAGCUUCAUCAGUUCAGUCCAGUCUGUGUUUAAUGGAAGAGUCACCAACCGGGCCAUGGUGGGCUCCUUCUCAUCCGGUUUUACCAAAAAGCUGCAGUCCUUCAACAUUCGGGGUAAGAAGGGUGAGGGUCAUACUGGGCUGGUGCUGUGUGAUACCAUGGGUAUGAGUGAAGACGGGAUGACCGGACUGACUCUUCAUGACAUCCUGUCAGUCGUUAAAGGCCAUGUUCCUGAAGGACACAAGUUUAGCCCAGACCAGCCAGUCUCCGCCUCAGAAACUGUGGGCUAUGUGAAGAGGCCGAGCCUUAAAGACAAAGUCCACUGUGUUGUCUUUGUGGUGGACGCCUCAAAAAUCACAACUUACCCCAAAGGCCUGAGCACCACAUUUAAACAGCUCAGAAAGCACAUCAGUGACCUGGGUGUUCACCAGGUGGCGCUGCUCACCCACGUGGACCAAGUUUGUUUGCAAACUGCCAAAGAUGUCACUGGUGUUUAUGAGAGCCGCACAAUUCAAGAUGUGAUGGGUAAAGCCGCCGCUCUGUUGGGCAUGUCCACCUCCUACAUCGUUCCAGUGAAAAACUACUCGUCAGAGCUGGACCUGGAUGUAAACACAGAUGUGCUGCUUAUCAGUGCUGUUGAUCACAUCCUGCAGUAUGCUGACCUGUAUUUCCAGGACAACGCACCACAUAACAAAGAGCUCAAGACAGCCCUGGAUCUCUGAUUUCUGAGCAUUUAGAUUAGGAGCAUCAUUUAAUUGCUCCUGUUUCAAUGUGUUAGAGAAGAGAGUUUUCAUUUGUAACAAAAACUUGUGUUUCAGUUGUUU